CUAUAGGAACUUUACUUGAGUGAUAAAGCUGAAACUGCGAAAUCACAUAAUUCUGGUGCAAAUUUACAAACCAACAGCCAACCAAAGGAAACAAUGCAGGCAGCCCUAACCCCAGCAUUAUUUACGCAAGGUGUAAUAACCAAGUUUGAGCACAGUAGUGUUGUGAUUUUAUUGUUUGUGCUCACAAGUUCGAAACAGAAUUGGAAAAAAACAUAUUUCAUUGUCUUUUUAAGUAACCUAAAUUCUAUUUUACAACACAGGAUUGCCUCUGUUUUACUAUGCACGGAUCAUGUCAUAUCUAUUAAUGCUAUAAUACAAGAUGGAUUAAUUCGCUGUGAAAGCUUCUGUUCCUUAACAUAUAAAAAUCAGAAGAUCUAUUUAUCAACUUAAAAAAAAGAAACUGCAAUUUUGCAGUCUCUAAAAAAUGCGGAAGUGCCUCACAGCUCUGUGUGCUUAUAGUACUUAUGUUUACUAUAACUGAUUACUACACAGUGCCUAUAACUAAUUGCUCUUUCCCUAAAUGAAAUUCACUUGCGUAUCGAAUAGAAAGACAAGAAAUUCUUUCGCUCUAUAACGUGAAAUAUAUAUUUAAGUUUUUUAUUAUAUUUUAUGACGAUGGAAAGAGUCACGAAAUGCAAACAUUUUCUCGUAAUUUUAUAUAUCUGCAGUAUGGAAAAUUAUAUCAUGAUGUAGAUUUGAAUGAAAAUGUAACUAACAUUGAGGGAACUAGUCAGCAUACCAACUCUGAGGAGAAUUGUGGUAAAACAUCUUUACAAAGUGGUGCUGAAGAAUGCAGAGAGAGAGAGGCCCGGCUGAUAAAAUUGAAAUACUGCCUAAUUGUGAGCAAAUCAACACAACCACUAAACUGGAUGUGAAAUUACAAACCCAGUCACUUGUUCAUACCAACAUCACAUCAGGAUCUAAUUUACAAACCAACAAUAGAGGUAAACCAUAUAUCUGUCAGCGAUGUGGAAAGAGCUUCAAAGUGAAGCAGAAUGUAGACAGGCAUAUGAAAAGUCAUACCGAAGAGAAAUCCUAUAAUUGUAAACUAUGUGGGAAGUGUUUUUUACGAUUAUCCCAUCUAAAAGCUCAUGAACGAACUCACACUGGAGAAAAACCUUAUGCCUGUCAACAAUGUGAAAAGCGUUUUAAAAAAAUAUCUCAUUUAAGUGAGCAUGAGCUAAUUCACACUGGAGAGAAACCCCAUAUUUGUAAACAAUGUGGAAAAGAUUUUUCACGGUUAUCUAAUUUACGAGCGCAUGAGCGAACCCAUACUGGAGAGAAACCGUGGGAAGUGUUUUUCACGAUCAUCCCAUCUGAAAAGGCAUGGACGAACUCACACAGGAGAUAAACCGUACGUUUGUGGACUAUGUAUCAACGGAUUUUCACGAUUGGAUCAUCUAAAAGGGCAUGAGCGAAUUCACUCUGGAGAAAAACCUUAUGCUUGUCAAUGUGAAAACAAUUUUCAAAUUUACGUAGUUUACGUAAUCACAAGCCAAGCAAACUCACGUGAGAAAAAUCUUAUGCUAGUAAACAAUGUGGAAAGGGUUUUUCGCGGAAAUGUAAGUUUGUAGACUAUGUAAGAGGGAUGUGAGUGGUGGCAAAUUCUGAUGACGUCAUAGCUCACAAAAACGAAUCCCAUAAAGCAGUGGCGGCGCGUCAAUAGGGCCAAUAGGUUGUUUUUUCGGUAUAAUAAAAAAUAUUCGAAAAAUACCUCAAUAUC